AUGAGCUUGGUGCGUUCCUUCUCGAUGUUGUUCUUCAUCGCUACCAGCUGUAGGUUCGAGGAUACGCAUGGCAUAAUACAGGUUGCGUCCCAAGUUGGUGAGCUGGUGCCUGACCGCAGCAAUGGAGUCCGCGGUACCCUUAGAUGCGUUGAAGUAGAGCACCUUGCUGGAGUAGUCCAGGCGGAUGUGGCAGAACCCGCGUUGUACGAGGUCUACAAUGUGCUUUUCCGCGUCGUUCCAUGCGUAGAAUUCGCUGGGGCAGAUGGACUUGACGAAGAAGUCGAUGGUCAUGUUUGCGUAGACCUUCGAGAUAUUGUUCAGGACCUUGCGGAACACCACAGCCUUAACCUUCGGGUAGUAAUUCGACAACUUGUCGAAGAAUUUGAUUUUCAGGGUGUUGGGCACCUGCCUCUCGGCCUUGAUGUACGUGGCACACGGGGGUGCCGGCGCAGUUGCACAUUGUGGUUCCUCAGUUUCAGUAAGCAGAGGCAACACCUGCUUGCAGAGCUGCAGGGACAUGUUGCUGCUGCCUUGCAUGAGCUCGUACAGCCUUUUCGUAUUGUCGUCGGCCAUGGGAAGGAUGUUCUUCACGGUGAGCGCGUAGUGCAGCGACUCCCUGGUGGGGAUGCUGUUGUAGCCCAGCAGUGCGGCCAUCCUCUUGUGCAUUUCGUACGCUGCAGUGGGCAUCGGAGUGAUCAACUCGCCGGAGUCCGAGCCGUUCUUGUUGUUGUCAGGGACGGCAAGAACCGCGAGGACAGCCUUCGAGCACAUGUACUGCACGUCCUCCGGAGCGACUUUCUUCUUCGCGUGGAAGAGGUGCAGGUCGGAGACCAUGAAGAUGAUGGCCAGCUUCUCGUAGAAGAUGGCGAGCCACUUGAGCAGCUUUUCCUUCUGCUGGCCCAGGACGGAAACAGAUCCCUGGAAGGUUUUGGUGAUGUAAUCGCGAAUACCCAGGGUGUACAGGUCCUCAACGGUGUUGAAGGCCUCCUUCCACAACGACAUGUCGCAGGCAGCUACCAGCUGGUUGAUGCGCGUCUCAAUGUGCAGCUCUGGCUUGAGCAUGCAUUCCAUCUCCGGCUUGUGCUUCACCUUCAUCAGGAAGGUGUUGUGCGCACGGAGCACCUCGCACAGUCUCUUGAACUCGGAGAGUCUUUCAUUCUCCUUGCAGAACUGGAUGGCUUUGCGGGCAGUGUCAUGGUAGACCUUUUCGAGCUUGGGCGUUGCACGCAUAAUAUCCAGGAUCAUUUUGUAAGUUUCCCACAGGAACCUGAAGACACUGUGCAGCGACCUGGCGGUGGCAUCGCGGACUUCCAGCUGAAGCGUGAAUACCAUGAUCUCCUCAGGGGAUUCGCUGUACUCAGCGUCGAGACCUGCACUAAGUUUGGCCUUUUCCAAAUCCUCGGCCUUGGUCUUGUCAGCCGCGAUCUCCGCCUUUAUGCGCCUGAGCCGCUCCUCGGCGUGGUCGAGGAGUUCAACGACGACCUUGCCGAGCGAGGUGACAUUAGCGUGCUGGGCGACGAGGCGGUACUGGUGAAGCCCAUCCCUCGCCAUGCGGAGCUUGUCCUGCGCAAUACACAGGGCAACAUACUCCAACAUGAUCUGCUCCUGUACCAUGUCCCAUCCUUGAAUCCUGAAGGAGCGGUGCCCGAUGGCCGAGUGGAGAAUCUGCAGCGCCUCGUCAUUCUGGCCGAUGGCGCGAAGCUCGGCCGCCCUCUUGAGGGCGUUCUCCGGCUUCUGAAAGUUAUGCAUCUUGCAAUUUUAAAAGGUCCGUUGGGGUCCUGCUAG